CGGAGUCGCUGGCUUCGAACGGGACGGUCGAUGAAUGUAGCAUGCUACUGUUAGAGUCUGGCUAGGUUGCCCUUUCUCUCUUUCUCUUCAAACUCGCUUCUGUCUCUGUCCCUUCCCCUUCUUCCUCCUCUUCCUUCUCUUCUUAAUUGACUGGAGAAUUCUGGGUGAGUGAGUGAUCGUGCGUAAGAUAUUGGUACAGUCACCAUGUCGAGCAAUUUGCAGCCUCAAGUUCCUGGUGAGGAGAUCAAACCUGGGCCCGUUGAAGGGGGGCAUGGUGGUGUGAAGGGUUCUGAGAAUGAGAGUCAUGGUGGGCAGAGGAAGAAGGUUGUCAUUGUGGGAUUGGGGAUGGUGGGGAUAAGUUUUAUAGAAAAAUUAAUAAAGCUCGAUGCGAAGAGGAGGGAAUAUGAUAUUAUUGUCAUUGGGGACGAGGGACAUUUGGCAUACAACCGCGUUGGCCUCACAUCUUUCUUCCAACACCGGAAAGUCGAAAAUCUAUAUCUCAAUCCUAAAGAAUGGUACUCUGCCUGCCCACCAGGCUCUCUAAACUAUCACCUCAACACCAAAGUCACUGAAAUCCAUCCCGAGCACAAGCUCGUCUCCUGCUCAUCCGGCGAGACAGUUCCCUACGACAUCCUCGUGCUAGCAACUGGCUCUGAUGCGCUUCUCCCACGACACACACCAGGCCACGAUGCCGCAGGCGUCUUCGUCUACCGCACCAUCGAAGACCUGCAAAAACUCAUCGGCUACUCAGCACAAAAGAAAGGCACAGUUGGCGUAGUCGUAGGCGGAGGACUUCUAGGUCUCGAAGCUGCAAAAGCGAUGAUAGAUCUAGAAGCUUUCGAGAAGGUUAAGCUGAUUGAGAGGAAUCGGUGGGUGUUGAGUAGACAGUUGGAUGGCGAUGCUGGUGGCCUUGUCGUUGAGCAGGUUAGGGGUUUGGGGUUGGACGUUUUACUUAGUAAGAGGGUGGGCAAGAUUGAGGUUACGGAGGAGAAUGCUGUUAAGGGGGUGGUGUUUGAGGAUGGGGAGAAAAUGGAAUGCUCGACGAUUUGCUUUGCUAUUGGGAUCAAGGCGAGGGAUGAGCUGGCAAGAAGGGCCGGGAUUAAGUGUGCGGAUCGAGGGGGUGGGAUCGUCGUUGGUGAGGAUUUACGCACGAGUAAGGAGGACAUAUAUGCCAUCGGAGAGUGCGCGAGUUGGGAGAAUCAGACGUUCGGUCUGAUUGCUCCUGGUAUUGAGAUGGCGGAAGUUCUUUCUUUCAACCUUACGCAAGCCAAGGUCCACUCGUAUCGGAAGUUCAAGAGACCGGAUCUCAGUACCAAGUUGAAGCUGCUUGGUGUGGAAGUUGCAAGUUUUGGGGACUUCUUCGCGGAUAGAGAUGGCCCGAAACAUCUUCCCAUUCGAGCUGGUCGAAAGGAGGGUAGUCUUGAUGCGUUGAGGAAAUUGACAGAUGGUCCGGCACCGCCUCCAGUCAAGGCUUUGACGUACAAGGAUCCAUUCCAAGCAGUAUACAAGAAGUACCUGUUCACUGUGGAUGGAAAAUAUCUUCUGGGUGGAAUGAUGAUCGGUGAUACGAAAGACUACGUGAAGCUGGUUCCAAUGGUCAAGAACCAGAAGCUGCUCGAUGUUCCACCAAGUCAAUUUAUCCUUGGGGCCAGCAAAGAAGGGGAUGAUGGAGGAGACGACCUGGAGGACGAUACACAAAUCUGCUCCUGCCACAACGUCACAAAAGGAGAUGUGGUCAAUACGGUGAAAGACGGCACCUGCAAGUCAAUCGGCGACGUCAAGUCAUGCACAAAGGCCGGAACCGGCUGCGGUGGCUGUAUGCCCCUCGUCACCAGCAUCUUCAACUCCACCAUGAAGUCCAUGGGCCAAGAGGUCAAGAACCACAUGUGCCCCCACUUCAACUACUCGCGAGCAGAUCUCUACAACAUCAUCUCAGUCAAGAAGUUGAAGACUCUGGCAGAGGUGAUGAAGGAAGCCGGGAAUGAUCCCACGAGUCAAGGCUGUGAGGCGUGCAAGCCGAGUAUUGGGUCGAUUUUCUCAACACUAUAUAACAAGCACAUCAUGGACAAGCCUCUCCAUGGUCUGCAGGAAACAAAUGAUCGGUUCUUGGGCAAUAUUCAAAGAAAUGGUACAUUUUCGGUCAUUCCUCGAGUGAGUGCUGGAGAGAUCACGCCGGACAAACUCAUUGUCCUUGGAAAUGUGGCUAAGAAGUACAACUUGUAUACGAAGAUCACUGGUGGACAGAGAAUCGAUAUGUUUGGUGCUCAGAAGCAGGACCUCAUUGCUAUCUGGAGCGAGCUCAUUGAAGGUGGAUUUGAAAGCGGUCACGCCUAUGCCAAAUCACUUCGAACGGUGAAGAGUUGUGUAGGGACAACUUGGUGUCGAUAUGGCAUUGGGGACAGCGUGGGAAUGGCUGUAAGAUUGGAGGAGAGAUAUAAGAGUAUCCGAAGUCCACAUAAGAUGAAAGGAGGUGUCAGUGGUUGUGUACGAGAAUGCGCUGAAGCUCAAAACAAGGAUUUUGGUCUGAUAGCAACAGAGAAAGGCUUCAACAUCUUCGUCGGCGGCAACGGCGGCGCCUCACCAAAACACAGCGAGCUCCUCGCCAAAGACGUGCCCCCAGACGACGUAGUUCCUAUCCUAGACCGCUACCUAAUGUUCUACAUCCGCACAGCCGACAAGCUUCAACGGACGGCACGCUGGCUUGAAAACCUCCCCGGUGGUAUCAAAUACCUGCGCGAAGUAAUCCUCCAAGACAAGCUCGGGAUCUGCGCCUCACUGGAAGCACAAAUGGAAGAGCUAGUCGGCACUUUCUUCGACGAGUGGGCCGAAGCUAUCCGCGACCCUGAGAUCCGCAAGAAGUUCGCCCAAUUCGACAACACUUCGGACACUCUGCAAAAUAUGGAGCUUGAGGAAGAUAGAGGACAGACGAGACCCGUGUAUUGGGCUAAGGAGAGCGUGAAGGAGGAUUUCAGGAACACGAAGUGGACGUCGCUUACCUGGCAGCCUAUCAUUGAGGCAAGCCAUUUCAAAGGUGCAGAUGAGGCACCGAAUGGGAUCUCGGCGACGAUUAAGAGGGGCGAUACACAGCUUGCGGUGUUCAGGGUUAAAGGCAAGUGGCUGGCGAGUCAGCAGAUGUGUCCCCACAAGAGAUCGUUCGUGCUCUCUGAUGGACUCAUCGGGGACUCGAACGAUAAGCUUUGGGUCUCAUGUCCGAACCAUAAAAGGAACUUUGAGUUGAAUGGCGAGCAAGCAGGGCGGUGUCAGAAUGAUGAGGACUUGAGUAUUGCGACGUUCCCGGUUGAGGAGAGGGAGGAUGGAAUGGUGUAUUUGAAGUUACCGCCGGUUCAUGAGUUAGAUGGCGUCCUGGGGACCAAGAAGUGGAUGGUGAAGAAGGGGGAGAGUGGUGAGGGACCAUUUGAAAAACUUGACCGGAGACUUGGUCCGAAUGGUGUUGGGAUGAGAGGAAGAAAACCAUUCGAGGCAAAGAAAGCUGUUGCUGCUGGUGGACCGAACGGCACUACCAUUGACUGGUGAAUUGUUUAUAAACCUGGUUCGGAGUUUUAGCAUUCCUUUUAGAGGCACUGUAUAUAGAAAUGAAAAUGAAAUAUUGUCAAUGUC